UCCGGGAGCCGCGAGAGGGCCCCGCUGGGCCCCGGGCUGGCUUUGGAGGCUUUUUUUUUAAAUUUAUUUCUCAGGAUUGUUGUAUUCUGGGAAGAGGUUUUCAGCGUAACGCCGUGGGAGGUGGCCGGCACCACCCCGUGAAGGGUUUCGCAGCGUUUUAUAAAUGUUUGUUCGUGCUCACGCGAGCUGAUAGCUGCUGUGGCGGCAGAACGCUGCUGCUGAACAGGCUGGGCCUCAGCACAUGCCCACACCAGGAGUACAAUGAAUGACUGGGCCCCCAUAGCAAAGGAGUAUGACCCCCUCAAAGCAGGGAGCAUCGAUGGCACGGAUGAAGAGCCCCAUGACCGUGCCAUAUGGAGGGCUAUGCUGGCACGUUACGUACCCAACAAAGGAGUUACGGGAGAUCCUCACCUCACCCUGUUUGUAGCAAGGCUCAAUCUUCAGACAACAGAGGAGAAAUUAAAGGAGGUCUUUUCCCGGUACGGAGACAUCAGAAAGAUCCGUCUGGUUCGAGACUUGGUCACAGGAUUUUCCAAGGGUUAUGCGUUUAUUGAGUACAAAGAAGAACGUGCUCUGUUGAAGGCCCACAGAGAUGCCAACAGGCUGGUUAUCGAUCAACACGAGAUCUUUGUGGACUUUGAACUGGAAAGAACUCUUAAGGGAUGGAUUCCUCGGAGGCUUGGAGGUGGGUUUGGAGGCAAAAAAGAAUCCGGGCAGCUACGAUUCGGAGGACGGGACAGACCUUUCCGAAAGCCCAUCAAUUUGCCAAACGUGAAAAAUGACUUCUAUGGAGAAGGCUCAGCAGAGAAAAGAAACUGGUCUCGAGAGGGAACAAGGGACUGGAGAACAAGGGACCGAGACCAUGAAAGGAGCAGAGAAAAGAGAUGGCCAGAAAGGGAGCGGUCAUGGGCUUGGGGUGAAAGUGAGAGAGAGAGGGACUCCAAAGAGGAGAGGAGCAGGGGAAGAGACAGGAAGGACAGAGACAGGAAAGACAGAGAGAGAGACCGGAGCAGAGAGAGAGAUACCAAGAAGCAAAGAGAUGAUGAUAAGCAUCGAUAGCUGACAGCACCUCGUCUUAUGGGAACGAUGGGAAGUUUGGGUAUGGUGACUACUUUUAUCCUCCCCUUCAAUAGUGUGAGCCAAGUCCUACUGCCCUUAGUGCUGCCCGGGACCUGCCUCUGCUGUCCUGGUAAAUGAACUGGCGUGGAGGAGGUGAUGCAGCAGGUUCCUGUCUCCGCAGUCUCUUGAUAAAGCUGCUGCACCUUCUGGAGGACAUGGACAUGAUUCAGUUGCAGAUGUCACCAUCAGCUUGGGGCUGUGCGCUGCGUUCCCUGAACCAGCAGUGGUCAUGUUACUGUCUUGUGCCUAUGACUUCCACCUGCUAGCAGCUCUCUGUAGUUUGGUUCCUAGUGCAGUUACGAUACCUUUUGUUGAAUUGUUCUUCAGAGAAAUUAAACUUUUCUAUUAAUAUUU